AGUUCUAGUCAUAUUUUCAUGCGUAGCCUAACGUAUUCGAUUUUGUCAAACAAUGCCGCAGUUUUCUUGAAUGUGUUAGCAAUACAUGCAGACAAAUAGUGUGUUAAUUAUCGCGGACAAAUAGGAAAGUUGGGCGCUCAAAGUUUUGGAGACUAUCGAUAUGGCUAUGGUGGCGUGGAGAAACCCCGAGGGCGUCGGGGACACUCAGGGGACCCUCUCCUCAUCGGUGUCCCAGGUCGCACCUCUGUCUCUGUCUGGGGAGCUGACGGGACACAUGAACCCGGCGUCUUCUCUGGAAAUACCGUCGGCGGCAGCAGCAGCACCCCCGGGCGCACCGCCGCCCAAUCCAUCCAGCAGCACCACCACGAGCACCACCAUCAAUAACAACAACACCUCCUCUUCCUCGUCCUCUUCCUCGUCCAUGGACAAACAGCAGAGCCAGCAGAUCGAGUGCAUCGUGUGCGGGGAUAAAUCCAGCGGGAAGCACUACGGACAGUUCACAUGUGAAGGAUGUAAGAGCUUCUUUAAACGCAGCGUCAGGAGAAACCUGUCCUACACCUGCAGGGCCAACAGGAACUGUCCCGUUGACCAGCACCACCGCAACCAGUGCCAGUACUGUCGCCUCAAGAAAUGCCUCAAAGUCGGCAUGAGGAGGGAAGCUGUCCAGAGAGGCAGACUUCCGACCCAGUCUUAUCACGGCCAGUUUGCUCUGACAAACGGAGACCCUCUCCAGUGUCAUUCCUAUCUAUCGGGAUACAUCUCUCUCCUGCUGCGGGCCGAGCCUUACCCGACCUCCAGGUUCGGCACUCAGUGCCUGCAGAGCAACAAUAUCAUGGGCAUCGAGAACAUCUGCGAGCUAGCGGCCCGGAUGCUCUUCAGCGCCGUGGAAUGGGCCCGCAACAUCCCUUUCUUCCCGGACCUGCAGGUAACGGACCAGGUGGCCCUGCUCCGCCUCACCUGGAGCGAACUGUUCGUCCUGAACGCCGCCCAGUGCUCCAUGCCCGUCCACGUCGCCCCGCUGCUGGCCGCAGCCGGCCUCCAUGCCUCCCCGAUGUCCGCGGACCGGGUGGUGGCCUUCAUGGACCACAUCCGGGUCUUCCAGGAGCAGGUGGAGAAGCUCAAGGUGCUGCACGUGGAUUCAGCAGAGUACAGCUGCAUCAAGGCCAUCGUGCUGUUCACCACAGAUGCUUGUGGUCUGUCAGACGUGAGCCAUGUGGAGGGUCUGCAGGAGAAAUCGCAGUGUGCGUUAGAGGAGUAUGUGAGGAGCCAAUAUCCCAACCAGCCUAACAGGUUUGGAAAGCUGCUGCUCCGCUUGCCUUCCCUCCGCACCGUCUCUUCUUCUGUCAUAGAGCAGCUUUUCUUCGUCCGUCUGGUGGGGAAAACCCCCAUAGAAACUCUGAUAAGGGACAUGCUGCUGUCCGGAAGCAGCUUCAACUGGCCUUACAUGCCUAUUCAGUAGAAGGAAAAGCUACAGGUGUGCUUCUAUAAGGUCAGGAAAGGUCCCAUACCUCAAAUCAAGUCAUUUCAGUGUGGCGUAAAAUUGCUGUUGUUUCAAACAAGGGAAGAAAACUGCCAGUGAGUAUGUGAGUUACAGUAAUAACAGGCCUUUCCAAUAUACACAUUUUUUUCUUAUACCAUCUGCCAUUUCCUUGAUACCAGAGGAGAGAUCUGCCUAAUGCUGCAUGGUGUCCCGAUGUGUCUAUAGAAAUGUCCCUGAAAUAAAUUAACCAUUUUGCAGACGUUAAAAGAUUUCACCCCACUGGCAGAAUCUUUUUACUUGUUCAAAGAGAAACAAUAUUUGAAAUGACUGGUUAUGAUGGACAUUUUUUGCAGUGUGGUGACCACCCACAGUCUAUGGUUUUUGAGAUAACAAACAAUAUUUAUUGGACCCUGUAUGUAUUUAUCGUGCUUGUAAAUUAUGUUUUGGCUCUUUUUUUUUAAAAUGUUUUACGUAUUUUUGCCCCGGCAAGUGAAAAAACAGCAGGGAUUGUCUCGUCUCAUUGUCCUUUUUUUUUUUUUUUUUUCUUUUCAUACCUUCCAGACAUGGCACAUUGGAUUAAAGGGACAUUUCAGAAAAAUUUAA